UUUUUAUCGUCACACUCCGCUUGUGUAAAAAAAUGUCCGAGAACUGAGAAGAAGAUUGUAUAAAACAGUGACUUUUAAAUUAAUUUUCUCAAUUAAUUCGACUAAAUAUUGUAAAGAAAAAGUUACAUUAUAGUUAAUCGUGGUGUACAAAUCGUCCGGCUUUGAAUUAUUGCAGCAAUUUUACAUUCGUGUACGGAUUCAGCACUGUAGAAAAAUCUCAAUCCUUCGAUAAAGCUAGAAGUUUGAUCGAUAAAUACAGUAGAGAAGAGCAAAGUCGUCCGUCACAUCGUGUUCGUUGUUGUCAUUGUGAUUUGGCAGCAUUGUGUGUAAAUUCUUACCACGCUGGCCCCGGUCAUUUUUCUUGUACGUAAAAAAAGAAAAAGAAAGACUGGAGCUGGGCACAACGAGGCUACGUUGUAAAAUUACAGCUCUGGUUACCUAUCUAACUAUUGUACCGUCGGCAGCAUUGGAAAACAGAGCAAUAUCUCCCUAUACACGGUUCGUGUGUUCAAUACCAUCAUCGAACGUAUAGGUACUUAGGUAGAGACGUGAAAAUGUCCGGCAGCGGUGGCUACGCAGGCGAUAUGUACAGAACAACUUCAUCCGGCAACUCGUACGACUAUUCGGGCCAUCGUGGCGGUAAUGCUCGUUCAUCGCCGCCAGACCAACGUAGCAGCAUCAGCGAUUACGAGCGAAGCUGGCGUUCUAGCGGUGGCAACGACUCCGGAGGCGGAUCUCGAAGGUACUCGGACGAUCACGGCGGCGGCGGCGGUGGCGGAGGUGGUGGAGGCGGAGGCGAUAGCGGCGAUUCGUACCGGAGCUCGAGUCGUUAUCGCGAUCGUAGUCCGCGCGACAGACGAUCUUCAGAACGUGGUGGUGGAGGCGGCUACGAGCGCAGGAGAAAACGCCAUCAUCGAGAUAGUCGCGAAUCGUCUCGCGAACGUAGUUACUCGCGUGGUCGUCGAUCGGACAGCGAUAGCGAUAAUCGGUAUUCGUCUUCGUCUCGGGAUCGGUAUUACGACGAUCGCGAUCGCGACAGGUAUGGGGAAUCGCGAUGGAGAUCCGACAAUAGCGAUGACGACGAGAGAUCGCCGCGCGGUUACGAACGUAGACGCGAUUCCGAUCGUUAUCAUCGUAGCGGUGGCGACCGCGGUGACCGGUUCGCCAGCAGGGUGAAAGACGAUUGGCUGGCGCAUGUUUGGGGCGACAGCGGCAGACCUUCGGAUGGAUACGGAAACAUGGACUACGGCGAUUCCGGUAUGGAGCACUACGAUCGCAGCUCGUAUAAAUUACAGGUACCUAAUAAGACGUUGAUUAUACGUGGUCUGGGACCGUACGUCACCGAGAAGGAGAUCAGAGAAGAGGUGAUCAGAGCCGGAGGUGCUCCGCGAGAUAUUCGUUUGAUACGUAAGAAAGAUACCGGAUCGUCGAGAGGAUUCGCGUUCGUGGAAUUCGGAUCGACCGAAGAGGCUCAAGGACUGGUGGAGAAAUACGACGGCGAGUUCAAGCUGAAAGACCAGCGGGUCAUAAUGCAGUACAGCAUUCAGCGCGAUUUCGACAAAGAGGUCACCGCCGACUGGUAUUGCAAAUGUUGCGCGUUGAACUUCAAACGUCGAGAAUACUGUUACCGGUGCGGAUCGGAUCGCAGAUCGGGCGAAUGCACCGAUACCGAAGAAGGUAGCUCGCAUCCGACGCACACGGUCAUGCUGAAAGGACUCGAUUCGACGGUGACCGAAGAAAACGUGCUGAAAGCCAUCCAGACUCUGUCCACUUUACCCAUCCGAAGCGUUCGCAUCGGUCGCGACAAGCAUACGAACAUCUCGCGAGGUAUAUGCUACCUGGAGAUGAACAACAUCUCGGACGCCAUGUACCUGCACAACACGCUGUACACGCAGAAGCUGCGAAUAGACGGCAGACCGGCGUACGUAUCGUAUUGUAAAAAUAUCCCCGUCCUGAUUGCCGUCUCGAACAACUCGGCUUCGAACGCCGGUAACGCCGCGAUCGCCGCAGCUCAGUGGAGCCAUCAGAAAAACAACGAUGGCGCGGCUGCAGGUGGCUUUUCCAGCUCCACCUCUCAAUACACACUUCAAGACGUGCCUCGUCUAGCCGAAUACAGCGCCUCGGUCUACGCCAAGAACUCCAACGAAAAAGACGCCUACGUUAAACACUACACCGAUUACUACACGAAGGUGAUCAACAGUGGCGGUCCCAUGCCCACUCUAGAUGGCAUCGGAGCCAAUCCCAGCAGCACCGGAUACCAUGACUCAGCAGUCACCGUAUCCGCUCCGGCUGUACCGGCUUCUUCGGCCGCCAUCACGUCACCGAUCGAGGUAAGCGCUCCGCCGAGAAACGUAUGCAACGAACCACCCUCCGGUAACGGCGACAGAUGCUAUCCUGUACCGGAUGUCAGCACGUAUCAGUACGAAAAAUCCUCCGGCUAUUACUACGAUCCGUACACGACUCUGUACUACGACGCUAACUCGCAAUACUACUUUAACGGGAAAAUAAACAAAUUCCUGUACUGGGACGGAGCCCGAAGCACGUAUUUGCUAGCGCCCGAUUCGGCUCAUCCGCAACACGGCGGUCCCAACGCGGCAUCGGAUGGCUCGAAAUCCGCAGCCACCGACGACGAUAAGAAAAAAGAAAAGCUAGACGAUAAAGAUAAAGUCAAAGUAGCCAAACGUAUAGCGAAAGAUAUGGAAAAAUGGGCCAAAACCCUAAAUCAAAAGAAAGAAAUAGCCAAACAGAAUCUAACAGCGACUCAAACCGUACCGGUACUAAAAGCCCAAGGAGCUGCCGAUAUCGGCUACACUGUCGGCGUCCUCGGUAAAAACAAAGAUACCAGUCCGACGUCUAUGUUGAAUUACAUGACAUCUAUGGCUGCGGCAACUGCCGCCGCCGCCCAGCAACCCAGCGAUAGCAGCCUGGUCGCCGAAUACGGCCAAGGCAGCGAUAGCGAAGAAGAUAACGAAGAAUUGCAACAAGACGACAAACACGUUGACUGGAAUAAAAUGGCCUGCCUUCUGUGCAAACGCCAAUUCCCCAAUAAACAGACUCUGCUGAAACACCAGCAGCUCUCAGAUCUGCAUAAACAGAACUUAGAAGAGUGGUAUAGGUCUAUCGGGAUUAGUCGAGAGGACGCUAGUCGUAAAAGCAUACAGUACAGAGAUCGUGCCAAGGAACGUAGAGUCAAAUACAACGAGCCAGACGUGCCUCCGUCCAAUAAACUCAAAGAAAACUACAUGAAAGCCAGAGAGGCGACAGUCAAUUACGAGCAACCUAAUAAGUAUCGUAUCGGUGGCGAUAACGUGGGCAAUAAGUUACUCCAGAAGAUGGGUUGGCAAGAAGGUAUGGGUUUAGGUAAAUCGAAUCAAGGUAGGACUGAAAUCAUUCAAGCCGAAGCCAGACCUAUGUCUGCUGGACUCGGUAUCCGAACCCAAGGUGUGACUCCGGCGCCCGGAGAAACCUAUAAAGAUUGUGUCAAGAAGAUGAUGAGGUCUAGAUACGAAGAGGUCGAUAAUAGAUAAACGAUCGAGUUCUAUUGGCAAUACUGUCUGUGUGAGUAGAGGUGUGUUUAGUUUUGGGUCGUAUUAUUUUUUCUCGCGAUAGCUCAGGAUCGCGAAAAAGUCUUGAAAGUUGAGAGGUCUUUGUGGUAGGGGGUUUCGAAUCGCGCUUGGUUGGAGUUAUCGUGUGAUCAAAAGCGUCGUCGUAUUGUGAUGAUUUUUUUUCAAAAUAGAGAAUAGGAAUGUAAACCGUUUACUUGUAGUUUAAUUAUUCGCGUAAUAAUUUGUUCAUUAUUAUUGAAGUAUUUGUAGUUUUUUUUUUUUUUUUUUUUUUUACUUCUGUAUUUUCCUAUUUUUUGAUGUCUUUGUUUUACCUACAUAUUUUGAUUUUUUCCCCCCAUUGUGCGUUUAGGAUAGUAUUUAUUCUACCAAUAAUUUACUAAUUAUUAUAGACUUUGUGUUAAGUUAUCGAAUACGUUUUCGAAUAUAUUUUUUUAUGGUGUCAUAACGUGCUCAAAUUGUGUUUGAGAAUGGAAAAAAUUCGAAAAGUUGCACUUUCGAGUAUGUAGUUACUUUUGAGGUUGUAUUUCUUGGCCCGAGAAAAUUUCCAGUGUCAUAGGACACGUAAAUAUACGUAAUAAACUCGAGCAAGAGAAAAUUGUUCUGUAUGAUUGAAAAAAUUACGAUUACUUUGUAGUUUGUACAUAUUUUCGAAAAUACCUACCAUCGAUGUUUUUUAUGUUUAACGAAUGUUUAAAUUUUUUUAGCAAUCAUUUUGCAUCUUCUUUCUUUAUUUGUUCUUAUUACAUAUGUUGAUAUCACGUGAUGAUUUGAUUCGCUGAUUGUGUUAUUGUUAUUACUUAUAUUGUCCCAAUAUCUUUUUUUUUUUUUUUUUUUUUUUUAAAUUUACCUAUUUAUUAACGUAUUAUUUUUUUGAUAUGUUAUGUUGGAUUUGUAAAGUUUACGUACGUGCAAAUGAAAAUAUACGAUGACAAUUUUUCUCGA